GUUUAAUCAAAGCGUAGCAGUAAUUGGAACCUGGAGAAAAUUACAACCUCAAUUAUUUAAAGUCUUGGAACAGAACGGAGUUAUACUGAAAGAUGACUGGGAUUUGUACUCCCAGAACUGUGGUUUUUCAGCUGGUUUUUGUUUUUCUUCAUGGACAUGGAUCUUCUGGAGAAGUAUCAGGAUGGAACUGGAUUGAACACGACUCCCAUGAAUAUGCCUUCAUAGAGAGCCCAGUGUAUACAUGGGAAGUUGCUAGGCAAAAGUGUAUCUCACAGGGUGCUGAUUUAGUCAUUGUGAAAACAGUUGAUAAAAGAGAUUUUAUAGUGUCCGUGAUUAAUGACACAAAUUCUAAGAGUUGGUGGAUAGGUGCAACAGACAGAGAGAAUGAAGGCCAGUAUAUUUGGGUAGAUGGCAGCACUGUACAGGAAAAGGAGUUUGACUUUUUCCCAGGUCUUGACUUAGGGGAUGGUGUCCUUAAUGACAAGCAGCCCAAUCCACUUAGUGCAGGUAAGCAGGACUGCAUUGAGUUACUGAAACAAUUUUAUGCCAUUGAGGCUGGAAUCCCUAAAUCAUACACAGUUGACAGACAUUAUUGGAAUGAUCAAGAUUGCACGGCGAAAAAAAUUGGAUAUAUCUGCGAGAAAAAAAUCUCAAACUGUGGUUUUGAUGAAAAGGACUGUGGUACCCAUUACAGAUCAACCGUUGUUUGUAAAUCACCACACAAGAGACUUAUUGGCAAUGCAUUGUGGGUAGAGAGAGCACAAAGCAUUACAACCUGCGUUACAACAUGCUUUAAACACCCACAAUGCAAAUCCGUCAAUUUCAGUAAAUCAACAAAACUUUGUGAGCUGAACUCAAAAACAAGCAAUUAUGAUGGCUUAGAUGAAAGUGAUAACUUUAGUUAUUGGGACAUGGAGAACUGUGAUUUCAAUGCAUCUUAAGACACCCGCAAGAUACUUAUAAUAUAAAUAUGUCUGUUCAAACCCCCUAGCAUUAGUAAAUUUAAAUAUUUUCAGAUUAGUUUUAAAUGUGUUUAACUCUAACUUCUCUCCACAAUUACAAAAUGUGUUGUUCCAAGAGAGACUCAAUCUGUCAUUAUGGAAUUUGUUAGAAAUUGGAGUGACAUCUUUUCAAAGACAAACAUUGUAUUCUGUAUAUAAUAAUACUGUAGAGUGACAGAAUGUGCACCUGUCUAAUGUGUAUACCUCUAAAUGUGAAAGAUUUUUCAUUCCCUUUUAUUCUCCUAAUGAUGACCAUGUAACUUAUAAAAUAUGAACACUUGCCAAUCUGAACACU